GGAAGCUGUCAAAUGAAUUGAAGCAGCAGUCGGCAAAGGUCAGGUUGGGUCUCUAAUAAGAUUUUUAACAYCAUUUAUCUGUUCUAAACCAGUUGUCUGAAGUAGAAGCUUCGACAGGACGUCUCUCUGUCACGUUUAAGCGCGCGCUGAGACGGGAAAGCCAGCCUGAACUAAAACACCGGUGUUGUAGAGUAUUAGGGUUUAGGUUCAGCAAAGACCCCUGAACAUCUUCGACUUUCUCUGAUGUCCGGGACAAAGUGUACGCGGCUGAGCGGGGGUCUGGUGAAGCAGCUGCUGGACUCGGUGGACAGUAUCCUGUUCGACUGUGACGGGGUCAUCUGGCGGGGGGACCAGGCUGUCCCCGGCGCCCCCCAGGUCAUCAACCUGCUGAAGGAGCACGGAAAGAAAGUCUUCUUCGUCACCAACAACAGCAGCAAGACGAGAAAGAUGUAUGCGGAGAAGAUGUCCRCGCUGGGCUUCAGCGUGACCGAGGAGGAGGUGUUCGGGACCGCGUACUGCUGCGCCAUGUACCUGAAGACCGUCUGCAAGCUGCRGGGCAAGGUSUACCUGAUCGGCAGCAGCGCCAUGRAGCWGGAGCUGGAGGCCGUGGGGAUCCAGCAGACCGGCGUGGGACCAGACCACGUGCACGGAAAGCAGAGCGACUGGGCCGGCGUGCCGCUGGACCCCGAGGUGAGGGCGGUGGUGGUCGGCUUCGAUGAACACUUCAGCUACAUGAAGCUGAACCGAGCCCUGCAGUACCUGAUCCACAAGGACUGUCUGUUUGUGGGGACCAACAGAGACACCAGGCUGCCUCUGGAGGGAGGCAAGGCUGUCCCAGGGACAGGCUGCCUGCUGCAGGCCGUGGAGACGGCAGCCCAACGCCGGGCCCAGACGGUGGGCAAACCCAACCACUUCAUGUUCGACUGCGUGGCCUCCCAGUUCRGCGUGCAGCGGGAGCGCUGCCUGAUGGUCGGGGACCGCCUCGACACGGACAUUCUGCUGGGCUCCAGCUGCGGUCUGAAGACCCUCCUCACCCUGACGGGGGUCAGUACGGUGGCGGACGCCGAAGCCCACCGGGAGAGCGGCUGCCCAGAGAGGCAGGGGAUGGUUCCGGAUUAUUACGUGGAGAGCAUCGCGGACCUCCUUCCAGCUCUACAGGGAUAAGCCUGAGAAAUCCUAUUUGAUGGACUACGACUAGAUAUACUGCCCAGAUUUUAUUUAUGUAAUUUACUGUUMAUUUUAAAUGAUAUUAAUAACAAAAAAUGAGAUUUAGUAUUAUAUCAAAAUAUAUAUAUUCAGUAUAUAUUUAAGCGUUAUGGUAAAAUUGUUAAAUGUUGAGUCUGCUGGCCUUUAUUAUUCCUGUGAUGCAACCUUCCUUUAAGCAAACUGAACGUUAAGCUCACAAAGGGAAGUAGAGAACAAAAAAAACAUGUGAUACGUGUCCAAGUUUACUUCUCUGUAUCAAACUCUGGUGUGUUUUAAGACUUUAACAGAAUGCACUGUUAUUUGCACUUGGGCCGAAAGAGAUUUUGCAGUGAUAACCAGGUCUGUCGCAAAUAAAGCGUUUUAAGAAAUUCCUGACUUGUACAGUGUGUGCUUGCAAUCUCGAUUUCGAAAGAAAAUGUGCUAACAUCACAAUAAAAUCAACUUUUUUUUUCAUGAA